UUGGACUAUUUCUUUGAUUGUUUACAAAUGUUUUGUCGACACAACUUGUAAUUUCACCGCUAAGGUUACUUACAGAGUCCAAAUCAACACGUUAUCAUGGGAUGUGAUGGUGGAACUAUUCCUAAAAGACACGAGUUGGUCAAAGGACCUAAGAAGGUCGAAAAGGUUGACAAGAAUGCUGCAAUUGCUGCCCGAUGGAAGUACUGUGCACUGAGUCAGGAAAAACUGCGUCGCCCUAUAGUUUCCUGUGAUUUGGGAAGGUUUUACAACAAAGAUGCAGUGAUUGAAUACCUUCUGGAUAAAACUGCUGAGAGACCCAACAUUGAAGUGGCAGUGCACAUCCGUGGCAUAAAGGAUAUUAAGGAGCUGAACCUGACAGACAACCCAGCCUGGGCGGGGGAGCGGAGCAACACCAAAGGGGAUCAAUAUGAAGACAUGAACUGUGGCAUGUUCAUCUGCCCAGUGGUCGGUGUGGAGAUGAAUGGGAGACACAAGUUUUGUUUUCUGCAAAGCUGCGGUUGUGUAUUCUCGGAUCGUGCUAUGAAGGAGGUCAAAACUGAGAUCUGUCAUAAGUGUGGAGACACGUUCCAAGAGGAAGAUAUCAUUGUUCUUAAUGGAACCAAAGAAGAGGUGGAGAAACUGCAGGAGCGAAUGGAGGAGAAGAGGGCCAAAGCCAAAGCAGGAAAGAAAUCCAAAAAGAGUAAAGUGCCUGAAACCGUUUCCAAGUCCGAGGACUCACAAGCCCCGGGGCCUUCCGACCCUGUGUCCUCCGACCCUGUGUCCAGCUCUACAUCAUCUGACCCCUCCAAGGCAACCAAGCGUUCCUCCACCACCACUCCUACCACCAGCAGCACCACCACCACCACCACCACCACCACCAUUGGAAGCAAGAGGUCCAUCCAGGGAAUGAAGGACAAGACCGAGCUUUAUAAAUCGCUCUUCACCUCCCACAGUUCUGCCAAACGCACUAAAGACCAGACAUCAAACUGGGUCACUCACACCCCCUAUCACUUUUGAAUGCCCCCAGCUGUUACAUCCUCUUGUUUGUAUGGGAAUAGCUUUGCUUAGAUUUAGAUUAAGAUUUAGCUUAGAUUUAAUUUGGUUCUUUUUCAUUCUUUCUGUCUGAUUUCUCUCUUGCACUGUCCAUGCAAGUUGACUUUGUGAAAGAAUGUCUUAUAGUGGCACCAUUUUAAAGUUACCAAAAUACCAUUUUAUUAUUAUUGUCGAUCUGUAAUCCACAUUAAUCGUGCUGUUGCAGUGGCCUGCUUUUUUCUCAUUUACUUUUGUUGUACUGAGGUCAAAUCAAAAGAUAUCUAUGGUUUUUUUUUUUCCUGCAACUCCUCAUAAUAUUUGAGAGCAAAACAAUAAAGUCAGUAUGAGCAACA